AUGUCUCUAACAGAGGCCCAGAGAGCAGUUGCCGCUGCAGUUGAUGCGGAGUUCAUGAGACCACGGUCCCCUCGACCCUUACAACCUUCCAAAGACUAUCGACCAAGACUACGACCCGCUGCCAACAUCCGUCAGAUCACUGAACACAGAGCUCUGAAUCCCGUCAACUUUCCACAUCUUGCAGAGUGUCUCGACGACCUCAUCGAGGCAGGUGCUUCCCUGAGUGGUUCUGACUCUGAUGGAGAUUCAGAUUAUGAGCUACCUCCGCCCAGAUAUCACCGCGAAGGCAAAGAGUUACCGCGCGAGAUGAUUGCCUAUUACAACAGAGGUGUAGCAGAGUCGGCCAAGGAGUUGGAGGAGCGACCACUAUCACCUGUUUCCGACACUGAAUAUUUUGGGCGCGAGACUGUUGAGCCUGAGCCGGAAUCUGAUGAGGAUCUGGACUCACCAUCGCGCCAACUCAAGGAAGAACUAUCGCAAAUGUCACAAUCAGAGUCGCCUUUCGUGGGUCAGGUGGAGGAUCCACUCGCACACCCGGAGGUCCUUCUGUUUAUCCGACAAAGCCCUCAGGUGCCGUCCUCGAUUUCCGCAGAUAAUACGUUGAAGCCAGGAGCCCAAGCCACCUGGUCUAAUAAACGCAGACGUCUGGCAUAG